CACAUGGUGACCGCCAUCUAGGAUCCGCACGUGGAUAUGGCUGCCUCCGUGUGACACACGGGACGAGACUGGCUGUCUCAAUUGUGGAAUAGCCCUUCCUAUCUUUUCCCCUAUUUUCUUCGCACAGAAUCCCGCCCCGAUGUCGUACUUGCAGACCGAGAUCAUCACUCACACCCGAAAAGUCUGCAGCCUGUACAAGAGAGCGCUGCGAUGCCUCGAAUCCCACCAUACCGAAAAGUGGAAGUUCAGAUACGAAGCUGUCAUGCUUCGCCAGCGCCUCGAAGCGAAUAGGAAGGUGACGGACAUGCGAGAAGCGAAGGUUCUCCUCCUGGAAGGCGAGAAGGAACUCAUCGAAAAUGCGCACUAUCAACCCCUCAAAUUUUGGAAUUCCCCCGGUGGAGUAUGCUACGGGAGGGAAGUUAUACCCCAAGAUUGGGUUCUAGACUACUGGCAUCCUCUGGAGAAGGCCAUGUACCCUGAUUACUUUGCACGUCGAGAAGAGAGGAAGAAGGAGUUUGUGACAUGGUAUGAGAAGACCUAUGGGAAGCCUCAGGAGGAUCACCAUCAUUGAUCUGUGUUCUUGUGCAUUGACUUAGGACUAGGUAGGAAGUGUUUAUCAAUAAAUGUCAAAGUACCCUCAUAUAG